AUGGAUACCCUAGGUGAACAGAUUGACUCGCUUGCCCUCGGCAACGAGAAUGUCCCUCCAAAGGGCGAUGCGCCUUCCAAGCUGUCCGGGGUUGAUGAUCCCGAGGAGGCUGCUCGUCUCGGCUGGACCAAUCCUAUCCCCUUUGACUAUGCGAAGCCUGACAGAGAAUCUCGCGACUGGGCUGGCAUUGCCCAGCGAUACGAGUGGGACGCCGAUUAUGGCGAGGUUGGCCCUCCUAACGAGGAGCUAGAGAAGCAACUCUUCCGUGGAAGCCUCAUUCAGCGUGUUGGAGAUCGUCUCAGCGAUCUUAACGCCUACGCCGUUCGUAUUGACAGUGGGACCACUAUCCACCCUGCUACCAAGUGGGAGGAUGCUGGCCUGCACCCUGUUGUCCUCGAGAACAUUGCUCUUUGCCAAUACAAUGCUCCAACUGCUGUGCAGUCUUACGCUGUUCCUGCCAUUCUCGCCGGACACGAUUUGAUCUCAGUGGCCCAGACUGGGUCUGGCAAAACCGCGGCUUUCCUGAUUCCAAUCAUCUCCAAGCUGAUGGGCAAGACACGCAAGCUCGCUGCUCCUCGCCCAAACACUGCUGAGGGCUUCAACGCUGCCACAGAUGCUGUUCGAGCGGAGCCCCUGGUCCUCAUUGUCUGUCCCACUCGCGAGCUCGCUACUCAAAUCUUUGACGAGGCCCGCCGCCUGUGUUACCGCUCCAUGCUACGUCCUUGCGUUGUUUAUGGUGGUGCUCCCUCGGGGCUUCAGCGCGAAGAGCUCCAGAAGGGCUGUGACAUACUCAUUGCAACCCCCGGUCGUCUUCUGGACUUUAUGCGGCAGACCCGUAUUCUUUCUCUUUGUCGAGUUAGAUACACGGUUAUCGAUGAGGCUGAUGAGUUGCUUCAGCCAGACUGGGAAGAUGAUUUCCGACGCAUUAUGUCUGGAGGAGAUAUCAACGAGGAUGCUGAUCAUCACUAUCUGAUGUUCUCGGCCACGUUCGAGAAACAGCCCCAGAAGAUCGCCCAAGAGUAUCUCAGUGACAAUUAUGUGCGCCUCCGAGUCGGUCGUGCUGGCAGUUCUCACACCAAUGUUACCCAGCACAUUAUCUAUGCUGAUAACGACAUGAAAAUGCGGGCCCUAUACGAUCUGAUUGUUAGCAUGCCCCCUGUGCGCACUCUCGUUUUUGUCAACAGCAGGGAUCAGGUUGACUUUGUGGACGAUUUCCUGUACAACUCGGGAAUCCCCUCCACCUCUAUCCACAGCGGACGAACCCAGCGUGAGCGUGAGGAUGCCAUUCGUGCUUUCCGCACCGCAAAGUGCCCUGUCAUGGUUGCGACUGGAGUCUCAGCCCGCGGACUGGACGUCAUCAACGUGCUCCAUGUGAUCAACUACGACCUGCCCAGUGCUAGACACGGUGGUAUCAAUGAGUACGUCCACAGAAUUGGCCGCACUGCUCGCAUUGGCAACGAAGGCCUCGCCAGCUCCUUUUACAAUGAUCGGAACGAGGACCUUGCUACCGAUCUUGUCAAGAGUCUCAUCGAGUGCAAGCAGCAGGUGCCUGAUUUCCUCGAAGGCUUUCGCCCUGAAGGUGAUGUGCUCGACUUCGAUGACGGCUCGGACGAUGAAGCUGUUGAGGAAAAUGGAAAUAACACCAUCACUCAGGCUGCUGCGGAUGACGAUCAGUCUACCAGCAAGUCCACUCAGUCUCACUGGAAGGCUGCCGAGGACGACGAUAUCUGGAACUAG